CGCCGGGUCCUCGUGGUCUAUGGCGCGCCUUGCGCCCGGGUGGCGGCUGCAGCCGGUGGCGGCGCUCGCCCUGGUGCUGGCUCUGACCCUGGCGCCCACAGCCCGCUCUGGGCAGACGCGGCGGCCGGUAGAGCGCGGGCCCCCGGUGCGGCUAUUCACCGAGGAGGAGCUGGCCCGCUACAGCGGCGAGGAGGAGGAUCAGCCCAUCUACUUGGCAGUGAAAGGAGUGGUGUUUGAUGUCACCUCUGGAAAGGAGUUUUAUGGGCGAGGAGCCCCAUAUAAUGCCUUGACCGGGAAGGACUCCACCAGAGGAGUGGCCAAGAUGUCCCUGGAUCCUGCAGACCUGACCCAUGACACUACGGGUCUCACAGCUAAGGAGCUGGAGGCCCUGGAUGACAUCUUCAGCAAGGUGUACAAAGCCAAAUACCCCAUUGUCGGCUACACGGCCCGCAGGAUCCUCCAUGAGGAUGGCAGCCCCAACCUGGACUUCAAGCCUGAAGACCAACCUCAUUUUGACAUAAAGGAUGAGUUCUGAUGUCUAGCUGCAAAGGGCUGGUUCUGGGGUGAGGUGGGGGAACAGGGGUUAAGUGUCCCAUGGAACAAGCUGGGGAAGUCCUCUGGUCCCCUGCAUCUGAAUAAAGCUGAAGUUUAACUGGGA